AGUGUUCCUAGCUUAGCACUGGACACCUUCACAACUGUGAAUUCGGCAUUUUCAUCUUAAUUCACCUUGCACGUGGAAAGCCCGAAGCUCAGAGAGGAAAACAAACCUCACUCGGGAUCAUACAGCCAUUCUUUUUCCAUCGGCAGGGACUAGAUAGAAAUCAGGCGAGGCGGGAUGGGACAGCAGCGUACCCGCAGACCCUAAUCUCCACCCUCCCUCUUGGCCCUCCUCCCCACCCCUUCCUUCCUGCCCCACUAGUUAUUUAACUUUAGCCCCUGUGGCUGUACCUCAGAAACCCUUGUAGCCAGAGAUGGGGACCGACACCACAGAGCAGGUCUCCUGGGAACCCUACUCUGGGUAUGAUGAGGAGGCUUACUCAGCAGGGCCGUUGCCGGAGCUCUGUUACAAGGCGGAUGUCCAGGCGUUUAGUCGAGCCUUCCAGCCUAGUGUCUCCCUGAUGGUGGCUGUGCUGGGUCUGGCCGGCAAUGGCCUGGUGCUGGCCACCCAUCUGGCAGCGCGUCCAACUACCCGAUCUCCCACCUCCGUUCACCUGCUUCAGCUGGCCCUGGCUGACCUCCUACUGGCCCUGACCUUGCCUUUUGCUGCAGCAGGCGUUCUUCAAGGCUGGAAUCUAGGAAGUGCCACCUGCCGAGCCAUCUCGGGCCUCUACUCGGCCUCCUUCCACGCCGGCUUCCUCUUCCUAGCCUGUAUCAGCGCCGACCGCUACGUGGCCAUCGCUCGAGCCCUGCCAGCCGUCCAGCGGCCGUCCAGGGCUGGCCGUGCCCACUUGGUCUCGGCCUUCGUGUGGCUGCUGUCGCUGCUCCUGGCUCUGCCUGCAUUCCUCUUCAGCCAGGACCGGUCACGGGAAGGCCAGCGGCGCUGUCGGCUCAUCUUCCCCGAAGGCCUCACGCAGACUGUGAAGGGGGCGAGCGCAGUGGCGCAGGUGGUCCUAGGCUUCGCGCUGCCCCUGGGCGUCAUGGUAGCCUGCUACGCGCUCCUGGCCCGCACGCUCCUGGCCGCCAGGGGGCCCGAGCGGCGGCGCGCGCUGCGCGUCGUGGUGGCCCUGGUGGCGGCCUUCGUGGUGCUGCAGCUGCCCUACAGCCUCGCCUUGCUGCUGGAUACGGCCGAUCUCCUGGCAGCCCGCGAGCGGAGCUGCUCCUCCAGCAAACGCAAGGAUCUAGCCCUGCUGGUCACGGGCGGCCUGGCGCUGGUCCGCUGCAGCCUCAAUCCGGUGCUUUAUGCCUUUUUGGGCCUGCGCUUCCGCCAGGACCUGGGGAGACUGCUACAGGGUUGGGGAUGCAGCCCGAAGCCCAACCCCCGAGGCCGCUGGCCCCGCCGGCUCCGCCUUUCUUCCUGCUCCGCUCCCACCGAGACCCACAGUCUCUCUUGGGACAACUAGGGCUCCAAUUCCAGAG